UAUAGAGAGAAUGAAAAAGUUUCAUUUUUGAAUAAUGGGUUUUGUUGUGAACUUGUGAGUGAAUAUUGUUCAGUUUUGGUGUCUGAUUCUCUAUUAUGAUAUAGAAGACGUUUCAGAUUCUCAUAUAUUAAAAGUUACGGUUUUGAUGUUAAAUCAACCUCUAUCUUUGAUUGAUGAAUGCGGAAGCAUUUGCGUUUGAAAUAGUGAAUCUUAUAAGCUGAGUUUUCAAAGCAAAGUCUUGAAGGUUGGUGAAGUGCUCUUUCUCUAUAUAUACAUUUUCUGUGUAUCUGUGAGACUGUGACAUCAAGUUUGAAGAUUAAGCUACAAAAGCUACUGUUUCUUAGUUACUCAUUCUUAAAGCUUUGUUGAUAAUAUAAUCAUUUCCACAACACUACUCCAACAAAUUUUCAAAUCAUGGUGGAAGAUAGUACAGUUUCUGUUACAGUUGAUACAUGUUCAACAGAAGAAUGGUUGUUGAACUCACAAGAACUCGUUCCUAUUGCUCUUACUAAAGCAAAAGAGGUAAAAGGGUUUCUAGGUAGAUGGAAAAUGAUCAUUUCGAAGUUGGAACAAGUUCCGUCGAAGCUAUCGGAUUUAUCUAGCCACCCUUGUUUCUCAAAGAAUGCUCUUUGCAAGGAACAGUUGCAGGCUGUGUCGAAGACGUUACGAGAAGCUAUUGAGUUAGCUGAGUUGUGUUUGAAGGAAAAGUAUGAAGGUAAGCUAAGGAUGCAGAGUGAUCUCGACGCGUUGAUUGGUAAACUUGAUUUGAAUUUGAAGGAUUGUAGUUUGUUGACAAAAAGUGGUGUACUUGGUGAAGCUACUUUGCAGUUCAAUGUUUCUGGUAUUAUAGCGGAAUCGGAUAUUGAAACACAUGGAAAUAUAAAGGAAUUACUUGCGCGCCUUCAAAUCGGUCAUUUGGAAUCGAAACACAAGGCUUUGGAUAGAUUACAUGAGCUUAUGAAAGAUGAUGAGAAGAAUGUUUUGGCUGUUUUUUGUAGGAGCAAUGUUGCUGCUUUGGUUCAGUUGCUUACUGCAACAUCGCCGAGGAUUAGGGAGAAAACAGUUAGUAUUAUAUGCUCGAUUGUGGAAUCGGGCAGUAGCUGCGAAAACUGGUUAGUUUCUGAAGGUGUUUUGCCACCUCUUAUAAGGCUUGUUGAAUCAGGUAGUGCUGUUGGUAAAGAAAAGGCUAUUGUAUCUCUUCAAAGGCUAUCGAUGUCGGAAGAAACAGCUCGCGCGAUCGUCGGACACGGAGGGGUUCGUCCGUUAAUCGAGCUUUGUCAGGUUGGCGAUUCUGUCUCACAGGCGGCGGCAGCUUGUACUUUGAAGAGUAUUUCGGCUGUUCCGGAAGUGAGACAGGUUUUAGCCGAAGAAGGUGUUGUUCGGGUUAUGAUCAAUCUCCUCAACAACGGAAUGCUGUUAGGUACGAAGGAGUAUGCUGCUGAAUGUUUGCAGAAUCUCACUGCAAGCAACGAGAAUCUGCGAAGGUCUGUUAUAUCAGAAAACGGCAUCCGAAGCCUUUUGGCUUUUCUCGAUGCUCCAGUUCCUCAAGAAUCCGCUGUAGGUGCAUUGAAGAAUCUCGUCGGAUUGGUUCCCGAAGAAACUUUGGUUUCUCUCGGGGUUCUCUCUUGUCUGGUGCAUGUUUUGCAGUCAGGAUCAUUAGGCGCGAAACAAAACGCGGCUUCGGUUAUAUGUCGGAUUUGUAGCUCGAUGGAGAUGAAGAAAAUGUUGGGUGAAGUUGGUUGCAUACCUCUAUUAAUCAACAUGCUCGAGGCGAAAGCAAACACUGCUAGAGAACUUGCGGCGCAAGCAAUUGCGAGUUUGAUGAUCCUGUCGCAGAAUCGGAGAGAAGUUAAAAAGGAUGAUAAAAGCGUGCCGAAUUUGGUACAGUUGCUUGAUCCUAGUCCACAGAAUACUGCAAAAAAGUAUGCAGUUUGUUGUCUUGGAUCACUUUCUUCAUGUAAGAAGUGUAAGAAGUUGAUGAUUUCUUAUGGAGCAAUAGGGUAUUUGAAGAAGCUUAUUGAGAUGGAGAUUCCAGGAGCUAAGAAGUUGCUUGAGAGAUUGGAAAGAGGGAAACUGAGAAGCUUGUUUAGCAGAAAAUAAGAGGAAAAACAACUUUUCCAUGUUUGUUUAUUGCAACUGUUUUUCAUUUUAUUUAUCACUUUUGUUUUUGUUAAUGUUGUUGUUUCAUUGUCUGAAUGAAACAAGUAGCUUGGAAUGUAAAAAAACUCUGUCGAAUGCAAAAAAAAUGCCCUUGAAAUCACUAUUGUAAUCACUGUGUAAUCAAUGUUUAAAUGUACUCAGUAGUUUUUUAUCAAUAAGAAUUACUUUAUUAGUCUCA